CCCUGGGUUUAAAGUACCAGUGGCUUACCAUACCUUGGCUUUAAGUGUUACUGCUUUUGUUAUCUUGUUUUUCGUUCUCUGAGGAUGUUUUCCGUUGAAUCUUGAUAUGGGCGUGCAGGACUCUAUUAUUCUCGUUGCUGCUAAGCUGCUAGAAUUUAACUGUUUGGUCAAGCUGUGAGCUGAAUAGGACAGUGGCUUGCAUUUCCACCGAAGUUGCGGGCGACUUCAACGGAUGAGCCUCUUGGAGCCAAGAAGCUGGACUUCGUUUUAAAGGCACCGUUGCGAAGCUGGCCUUCCCAGGCCUAGGCCACACUUACAAGCGUUUCAAGAAACUGACUUAAAACAAUUCAAAAGCUCUUGGAUCGAGGCGAAUUUCCCCUUAACAAAUGCUGGCGAGUGAUAACCUUUCGCUAAUUCGCAGUCGGUCUAAGGAAACAAUGGUUCCUCAAUGCAAGGCCUUUGUCCGGGAAAUUGAAAUGCUCUCUGACGAUGAAGCGGCUCUAGUUCAAGUCUCAAAACUUCUCGGAAGUGGAGGAUUUGGCUCAGUUUACGAAGGAAAAUACCGCGGGAGAAUUGUAGCGGUUAAGAAAAUGAAUACGAACUCUAAAAAUCCUCGGGCAGUGUUGCAGAGCUUUCAAGCAGAGACCUCCAUAGCAUCUUUUUGUCAUCCUCAUAUCGUUCGGACUCUAGCAGCCUCGAGUUUAGAUUGUCCUUUAUCGGAGAGAGUUAUCAUCAUGGAGUUUGCCGGGCCAAGAACAUUAAGAAAUAUUUUGGACAAUGAAAAGGAGGAUAUCAACGAAGAGAGACGAAUGAAAUUCGCGUCUCAUAUAACAAUGGCUUUAGAAUUUAUUCAUGCACAGGACAUAGCACAUUUAGACGUAAAACCGGCCAAUAUUUUGGUGGAUUCUAAGGACAUUUGCAAACUGGGCGAUUUCGGUUGUAGUCAAGUGUUGGACGAGGGCGAUGAAAAUCUACCUGCUAGUCCAACCUAUUCAUACCUGACAGGGACCUUUGCCUAUAGAGCACCAGAACUACUCAAAGGAGAACCACCAACUCCUAAAGCUGACAUCUAUUCCCUCGGAAUUUGUUUAUGGCAAUUGUUAACAAGAGAAGAGCCUUACGGAUCAGAAAAUCUUUAUGUUGUUGUUUUCGGCGUUGUUGCGUACAAUUUACGACCACGUGUACCAAGUGGAGACGCGACUUCGUGCCAUUAUCAACAACUAGUGGAAAGUCUUUGGCAAGCUAGUCCGUGUUUGCGACCGACAGCUAGUGACACCAUAAACAUUUUACGAUCACUAAAAAUACAUCAGAGUGCGAGUUGAACAAAUUGCUGCCAAGAUAUUCAUCCUUUCUGCUCCGCACUUGUGGGGAAUUCCUAGCCGUUGAUAUCAAAGAGAACAAAUUAACUUUUAAUGUGAUCGCGUGAAUCGUCUUCACAAAUGAGUCAUUUGCUUGCCUCCAAAGUAGUUUCCGUAAAAACAUCCUCAGUUUUCAUGGAGGUAGAAACAAAUCGACUUAACUCAACAUCAAGUAUCUUAAUUCUUGAAUAGCGGAAUUUUCUGUCAAAAUUCGCCCUUAGAAAUCACACUCGCCAACUGUAACACUGAUAUCACGGCUGACGAAGCGUGAUUUUGUCCUUUUUCUUUCCUUGGCGAACAGGUCAGGUGUUAUUGCUUAAAACUCUUUGGAAAUUCAGAUUGCCAAAUAAUUGCAAUUUGAGUUUUUCGAGAUGAAUUCUAUUUGCACCUGCAGGAAAUUAACAAAGGCACUGUGCCAAAGACUCUUUCGUGUGCGAUAUUACACUCUUUUGUAAUACGAAUUCAUUAUAUUGUUGAAUUUUUUUUGUGGAGACCGUCUUUCUUUCAUCUUGAUUUAUAGGAAAAAAACGUAGUAAUUUGACGGUUUAUUUUUUUUUUCUCGUAUUGGUUAACCAUCGUUUAAUUUCUCCUCGCAGUUUGGCUCGCGUUUACACAAAGCGGUGUAGUCAUCUACGAGUCGUAAGCAAAGGGCGAAAGAAAAACCAUUUAUCUUAUUAUUAUAGAGGUUCUAAGAGUAAGCAUUGAACAAGUGCAAACCACUUUUGACAACAGCAAAAAAUGAUAACGUUUUUUCCGGCCUUCCAUUCGCUUCAAGCCAUUUCUAACUUUUUAUCGCUAAAAUGUAAAUUUAUUCAGAUUUUGUAUGUAAAGCGCCUUUUAGAUUUAAUACCUAUGAUCGUCAGCUGCGACUUUGAUAUAUAUAUUGAAAUAAUUAUUGGUAAAGCUUGUUAAUAUUGUUGCAGAAAAGAACUUCUAAAGGAAAGCUCAAAGGUGAUUAAUAUCGGACAUUUUGAGGAAACGUUUAAAAGAGACGAAACAUUCAAUCGAAGAUAGAUAAAAUCUGAUGAAUUCGAAAUUGUCUUUUAGUUCAUCAACAAUAUUUUGACCAACAUACUGUCCAACACCAAACUUAUACGAAGCUGGUUUUAUUUCAGAACCGAUACUUUCGGUAAGGCGAAGAUUUAUUCCGUUAUUUUAAAGUACUUAAUGCACAGGUAACUCUUCAAACUACAUUUUUAACCAGGACCUACUGUGGCUGACCCCGAUGGCUUUCUCGAGUUAAAAAUAAACCAAGCAACAUGUCCGUGUUUACUGAAUUUACAAAACAAUGAGAGCAGUUAACAUAUAAUGCUGCAACACGUGUGUUCUCUCCUAGCGACUGUUUCGUACGCACAUAAGGUCCAAUUUAAUUUUGGUUUAAUUAUUUCUUACAGAAAUAGCUGAUAAUGUUCUACCAUUCUUACCCUAAUUAUUUUAUUCGGAUAUUUCCCAACUUAAAUGAAAUAUUUUUGCUUUUUGAAGUAGAUGUUACAGUGAAAUAAACUCAACUGAUUUGUGUUUUUGUAGAAAAAUUUGCAUUUUUGAAACGCCAUUGUGCUCAACCACAGAAUUCAAACCAAACACAAACAUGCUGAUGGACAAUUACGGCAACUAGGUUCAACGGUACUUACUUGUGUCGGUAGCUUGAUAGUUAGAUUUGUAGAAAAUGAUAUAUUUAGUACACUUUGAAAAGUAUAUUUCGUAACUUUUGCUGUAAGACACUUAGUCGCUUGUCAAACAGACGAGUCAUUUGUUGAAAAGCCCUCGUGCAAAUUAUUGACAUAAUAUUGUCUAUAUUUUAGAUAAAUUUUAACGGAAUAAAGUGAAAAUAAAAAUGCUGCAA